AUGACAAGCCUCUUUUAUCAGCGCUUCUGGAAAUCUAUUGGGCCGGAUAUCAUCAAGUUGGUCAAGGAGUUUUUCGAGACAAGAGCUUUUGAUCCAAGACUGAAUGAGACAAACAUUUGUUUGAUUCCCAAGAAUGAGAGGCCUAGAGCCAUGGGAGAAUUUAGACCUAUCAGUCUUUGCAACGUGAGUUACAAGAUAAUCUCCAAAGUCUUAUGCAAUAGACUGCGGAAGGCACUCCCGAAGCUGAUUUCGGAGACACAAUCAGCCUUUGUGGCUAGACGGCUGAUCACAGACAACAUCUUGCUUGCUCAAGAGAACUUCCACGCUCUAAGAACGAAUUCAACUUGCCGGUCGAAGUUCGUAGCUAUAAAGACAGAUAUGAGCAAGGCUUACGACCGCGUUGAAUGGCUUUUUUUGGAGCAACUGUUGAGAAAAUUAGGCUUUGAUGAGAAAUGGAUUUCACUGCUUAUGUGUUGUGUGUCUUCUGUGUCGUAUAGGGUACUCAUCAAUGGAGAGGCAAAAGAAAAUAUAAUUCCCUCAAGGGGAUUACGCCAAGGCGAUCCGCUCUCUCCAUUUCUGUUUAUUCUAUGCACUGAAGCACUUAUAGCACAAUUGCAUGGAGCAGAGAAUGAAGGACGCAUAACAGGGUUGAAAAUAGCUCAAGGAAGCCCACCUGUAUCUCACUUGCUAUUCGCAGACGAUAGUCUCUUUUUUUGCAAAGCUGAUAUCCAGCAAUGUGCUGAGAUUCUUAAGAUUAUCAAUUGUUAUGGUGCAGCCUCGGGCCAACAGCUAAAUAAAGAAAAAUCCGCAAUUCUGUUUGGAAACAGAGUAGACCAAAAUUUAAAGGCAGAGCUGAAACAAGCCAUUGGAAUUACAAAGGAGGGAGGAAUGGGAUCGUAUCUUGGUCUCCCAGAGACCAUUUGUGGGUCGAAGCAACAGGUAUUCGCCUUUGUUCAAGAUAGGUUAAAUGCUCGGAUCAACACAUGGUCUGCCAAGUUUCUCUCUAAGGGCGGUAGAGAAGUGUUGAUUAAGUCAGUAGCACAGGCACUCCCGACUUAUGUCAUGUCCUGCUUUCUGCUACCUCAACAUAUUACUAAUAAGCUUAGAGGUGCUAUCGCUCGUUUUUGGAAAUUUAACUUAGCUCUGUUAGCCAAGCAGCUUUGGAGAUUGUUACGGUACCCGGAUUCUCUUCUAAGCAGGGUUUUAAAGGGGCGUUACUUCCGCUACUCAAACCCCAUGGAAGUAAAAAAGGCGAGUUCUCCAUCGUUUGGAUGGCGUAGUAUGUUUGCAGCAAAGGAUUUACUGCUACAAGGUCUUAGGAAAAAUGUCCGUUCAGGUUUUCAUAUCAAGGUUUGGUCAGACAAUUGGAUCCCAACUGUACCAGCGCGACCGGCAAAAGACCGAGGUGUUCCCCGGGAUCCAAAUUUUUAUGUAAACCAUCUCAUAGACUUUGACACGAAGACUUGGAAAUUGGAAGCUCUUAAUGAAUUGGUGGACCCUUCGGACAUCCCUCUUAUAACUAGUAUCCAGCUGAGUAAAAGCUUUAAAGUCGAUGACUAUGUCUGGAGCUAUACGAAGUCAGGCCAAUACUCGGUCAGAUCGGGUUAUGCUCUCGCUACACAAGGGAUUCAGGAAGUCCUCGAACCAAGCAUUACACCACUGAAGAAGCAGGUUUGGAAGGCUAAAAUAUCAAGAAAGAUUAAACAUUUCCUCUGGCAGGUACUAUCGGGAGCACUGGCAGCGAAUGGCAGGCUAGCGGAGAGACAUAGCGGGACUGACAAGUCGUGUCCCAGAUGUGGAGAAGAGGAGUCGAUUAACCACCUUCUUUUUGAGUGCCCUCCGGCGUUACAGGUAUGGGCUCUUUGUUCCAUCCCUUCCCCUCCGGGCUUGUUCCCGUGUUCCUCUCUAUUUACAAAUAUAGACCAUCUACUAUGGCGAGCAAAAGAACAAGGAGUGUCAGAUGAACAGCUAGCGAUUUUUCCCUGGGUCUUGUGGUAUCUAUGGAAGGCGAAAAAUGAGAAGAUGUUUAAUGGUAAAGAUAUUACCCCUUUGGAUACCCUCGAACUCGCCUCUUCGGAGGCUAUGGCUUGGAAGAUGGCGCAGAUAGUGGAAGCUUAUGAAGAUUCGGAGGUCAGUUAUGAGGAUGUGGCAGAUGUAGAAGAUGUGUGCUUGGGCGAAACCAAGUGCCAAAUAGAUGCGUCCUGGGAUGAAAGUGAUCGUUUCUCGGGUGUGGGUUUUGUUUUACUUAGUGCAGGCCCUCAUUUCGGGUUAAAAUGCACAAGGAAGUUUCUUUCGGUGCUUCAUGCGGAGCUAGCAGCUCUAAUAUGGGCGAUGGAAUCUGUUCUUCAGCUGGGAUUAGUGUCAGUUCAUUUUGAGACAGAUUGUGCGAGUAUCCCAAAAGUAAUUGAGGAGUUUGAGGAAUGGCCUAAUUUUUCCACGGAGUUAGAUACUUUCUUUAGUUUAAGAGAUAAAUUUUCAGUGUUUACAAUUUCACAUAUUCCUAGAACUGUAAACAUCCGUGCAGACCGCCUUGCAAAGGGCGCUCGGGCACGAGGUGAACUCUUUUCCCAUGUAGACUAUCAGGUUCCAGAGUUGUUGGCUGUUGAAACCAACCUAUUCGAACAUGAGUAA